ACGUGCUGCCGAUCAGCACGUCAUGUGACCACUUCUCUCAUCACUCUUCUUGUUUGAGUUAGUCGAAUUACUCUGCCGUGUGUUUGUGUUGCCCGGUAGUCAGUCAGUCCCCACGCCCCCUGCUCGUCUGUUCAUGCUCUCCACUAAUUUAUGCUUUUAUUAUUAUUAUUAUUAUUAUUACGUAAUGUUACCAAAAAUCCUUCCUCGGAGCUAUUAUUUAUACAAAAAACCCUAUUUUAUAUUAUCACAUCAAAAACUCACAGUUGGAGUUACUAUUCUUCUUUCAAUUCACAACAAACAAGAAGGAAAAAAGUAUUCACUUCGAACCCCUCAUUCACCACCUUAUUUUGGUCAACCUUCUUUGUUCCCACCCCUCAGUCCUGCCUCCCCACACUCUCAAGUCUUGUUCCAAGUUCCUACUAUACUAUACCACACUUACUCUAUACUCUACACUGGAGUCCUCCUGCUCCUGCUGCUCUUGCUUAUCCUAUUAUAUGUGAACAAAGGCAGACCAACAGUGAUGGGCUGCUUUCAGUCCAAAACCACCCAUCUUCCAUCCCCUGAUCAAGAUCCUCCUCCUCCUCCUCAAACGAACCCAGAUCUAGAUGGGGACGGGGAGCAGUUGUCAUUGCCCGCAUUCAAGGAGUUCGGUCUGGCGGAGCUGCGGGCGGCGACCAACGGAUUCAUCAGUGAGCUGAUAGUUUCAGAGAGCGGAGAGAAGGCUCCGAAUGUGGUGUACAGAGGGCAGCUGAAGAACAAUCGAGUGGUGGCCAUUAAGCGAUUCUCGAGGCAGUCUUGGCCUGAUCCUCACCAGUUCGUUAACGAAGCUGCUGGGGUUGGAAAAGUCCGCCACAAGAGAUUGGUCAAUUUGAUUGGCUGUUGCGCCGAGGGAGACGAGCGCUUGUUGGUCGCUGAGUAUAUGCCUAAUGAUACCCUCUCUAAGCAUCUUUUCCACUGGGAAAAACAGCCUUUGCCAUGGGAAAUGCGCCUCAGAGUUGCGUACCAUAUUGCACAAGCCCUUGAUCACUGCAACGCUGAAAACCGUAAAAUUUAUCACGAUUUAAAUGCUUACAGAGUUCUUUUCGAUGAGGAUGGUGAUCCUCGAUUGUCUAGUUUUGGAUUGAUGAAAAAUAGCCGAGAUGGAAAAAGUUACAGUACUAAUUUGGCUUAUACUCCUCCGGAGUUUUUGAGGACAGGCAGGGUCAUCCCUGAGAGUGUUAUUUACAGUUAUGGAACUGUUCUUUUGGAUCUCUUAAGUGGAAAGCAUAUUCCUCCCAGCCAUGCAUUGGACUUGAUAAGAGGAAAGAAUUUAUUGUUGUUAAUGGAUUCUUCUCUGGAAGGACAAUAUGCUAAUGAAGAUGCCAGCGAAUUGGUUGAAUUGGCUUCAAAAUGUCUUCAGUACGAGGCUAGAGAUCGACCUGAUAUUAAAUUCCUCCUUUCAGCAGUGGUACCUCUUCAAAAGCAGAAAGAGGUUGCAUCACAUGUUCUAAUGGGUCUAUCAAGAACCCCAUCACUGUUGCCAACUAUGCUUUCUGCACUUGGAAAGGCAUGUGCUAGGAUGGAUCUUACUGCAGUGCAUGAUAUCUUGCUUAAAACUGGUUAUAGAGAUGAAGAAGGUGCAGAAAAUGAGCUGUCAUUCCAAGAGUGGACACAACAGGUUCAAGAUAUGUUGAAUACAAAGAAAUUUGGGGAUAUUGCAUUUAGAGACAAAGAUUUUAAAAAUGCUAUUGAUUACUACUCGAAGUUGGUAUCGAUGAUGUCUGUUCCUUCUGGUACCGUAUUUGUGAGAAGAGCCCUCUCAUUCUUGAUGAUUGGUCAACCAGAAUUUGCCUUGAGAGAUGCCAUGCAGGCUCAGGUGUGCUUGCCCGAAUGGCCCACUGCCUUCUACAUGCAAGCUCUUGCCCUCUCCAAGCUUGGAAUGGAAACUGAUGCGCAAGACAUGCUGAAUGAUGGAGCCUCAUUUGAGGCAAAGAAGCAGAAUGGCUGGCGUGUCUAAGCAGCAAUGUUUUAAGCUUUUAGGUGGUAAUUCUUUCUGGAUUCUUUUCCCCAUGCAUAUUGUCGCGCUGCUGAAAGCUUGGAAGAAGAUGGUAGCAGAAAGGAAGUGUGUGUGUGAGGACUAUUUUGAGUCAAGAGUUGUUUUAUUAUGUUAAAGAAUAGUUUGACAUAGAGAAAUGUAUAAAGGAUACUAAACAUGAAGAAACAAUUAGAGUAGUAACUGACCAAUGACUUUGAUACUGGUGGUGCUGGUUUUUUGGUGCAACUUUUCGUAUGAGCUAUUGUCAUUAUGAAUCGAAGGGUGGGUAUGGUGUAUGAAAAGGGAAAACAUGAGAGUGAGGUUGGGCGGUUAAGAUUUAACAUCAGAUGGCGCACAACGUUAUUGGGAGGCCAAAUUAGGAUGAUGUUGUGAUUAUUUCAUUUUUCAUGGUGAUUUAACAGAACCAGCCAGCCAGCCAGCCAGCCAGCAUAGAUAAAAAAGAGAAGCAACUUUAUUUUAAUUCAUGGGGUUGGCAUUACUUAAGAGAGCAUUGUUAUGUUAAACCCAAAAAGGAGAAAGAAAGCAUUGGGUCUAUAGUUUUUACUUGAGAUACAUUCUAGAAUUGCAAAUCGGAGGAAAAGACGAGAAUAUUUUGUUAGGACGGAAAGAUGAUUGAAGCACGACGUUCUCAAGGAGUAUCAAAACAGUAGCAAUAAGCGGUAACUGAUAACUUCCGAGGAAAGCCUAGAUUAACUCCGUAGGGGUGGCAGCGUUGUGCCAUUUAGACACCCCUGCUGGGAUGAGAAUACGGAGCGAGGAGUAAAAAUUUUUACUGUGUUAUAAGGAAAGGAAAAUAAAAUGGAGAGGGAAUAAUAACAGUGGGAGUCAUAGGCAAUAGACAGAAGCGGACAAGGAAGAAAAUAAGUCAGUUCCUCCAUCUUUGCUCAAUCUCUUUUCCAUUUCGUUUCUUCCAGACCUCAUCCGCCCGUCGCUACUUUCUUUUCAUCCUUGCUUUGUUUUCAACUACUAUUAUUUAUUUCUUUGCAGCUUAAUGUCCAUUUUUAUUCGUUUCUUUAGGCGUUCUUUUCUGUUAGAAUUUCGCCUCCUGAAUUCUGGGUUUUGUAGACCUCUGCAGAAUUCAAUUUAAUGGAUCUAUCUAUGAUUUUAAUUUUAA